AGUUGUGUUUCCUUUCACUUUUCUUCCUGGUGUAUUUAUGUUAUUUGUGUUAUAUCACACACAGGAUGGAGGAGAUUUAUCUCACCCUGAUAUUUCAUGCCAUAUCCUGGGUGCACGCUGUGAGUCACUCCCUGCGCUAUUAUUACACGGGAGUCUCAGGCCCAGGAUCCGGGCUGCCUGAAUUCUCCAUAGUUGGUUACAUGGAUGAUCAGCAAACUGAGUUAUACAAUAGUGAUAUCGGCAAAUGUGUUCCUGUGGCUACGUGGGUGAGGAAGGAGAGACCUGAGCAAUGGUUGAAAAAGACACUGAUUAGUAAAGCAAACGAAGCUUUAUUCAAACAUGAAGUGAAGAUAGUGAUGAAGCGGUUCAACCAUACUGAAGGCUUCCAUUUUGCUCAGGUGAUGCACAGCUGUGAGCUGAAAGAUGACGGCAGCAUUGUAAGUUAUGAGGAGUUCCGAUAUGACGGAAGAGAAUACAUGUACCUGGAUAUAGAGACGGGAUUAUUCAUCUCUACCAUGGCCGAGGCUCAGAUCACCACGCAGAGAUGGAACAGCCCGGAUGUGAGAGCCGGGGAGAGAAUCAGGAAUUACCUAGCGAAUGAAUGCAUUGACCGGCUGAGGAGAUACGUUGUAUAUGGGAGAGAAGAUCUGGAGCGGAGAGUUCGGCCAGGGGUGAAGGUCACAGGUCGGAAAUCAGAUAAGGUCACAAAGCUUCACUGUCUUGUGUACGGAUUUCACCCCAGAGCUGUGGACGUGAAGUGGAUGAAGAAUGGUAUAGAUGAGGUUCCCUCCUAUGAGACCACACAUGUCCUCCCCAAUCCUGACGGCACCUAUCAGAUCAGGGUCAGUGUGGAAGUGAUCCCCAAAGAGGGCGAGAGAUACUCCUGUUAUGUGGAUCACAGCAGCCUGGAGGAGCCACUCCUUGUAAAACUAGAGCCAGAGCAGGACUCCCCCCUGAUGAUAAUCAUCAUCGUGGUCGUGGUUGUUCUUAUAUGUGUCAUUGCCGUGGUAGUUCUAUUCAAAAAAAUAAGGAACAGUUACACAGCGGCCAACACAUCUGAUACGCCAGCUGACACCAGUAAUGAAGUUGAUGAGGAAUUAUGAAGAAAAUGAAGUUGCCUGGCCUGAAGGAUGUAGGAUAUCACUAGGGCACAAGGAUAGCUGGACUUGUCCUUUCCCACACCGACUAUGACCAUUAUACCAACUUUACAGAAUUUGCUCUAGCGCUUUUCUAACAAAAAAACACAAAGGUAGUCAACAAUCAGGCCUAUGGAUCAGGAAUAUGGAUUAUUAUUUACUGUCAGCCAUGUUCCCACACCAGCCAUCUGCUGUCAGAUAGCAGAGGUAGUGAACUCCACAGGGGGGGGCCUGCUUCAAAGCCCGGCACUGCCUGUCGCCAAGGUCUAUUUGGACUGUGGCGCUAGUCGAGGAGUAAGGGAGGUGGGGGUAUCCUCAAAUAUCCGUGCCAGUGUUUUGCUGGGGACGGACCUGGGGCGCCUUGUGUCUAAGUACGUGGCCGCUGACACCCCGAGGUCCGAUCCCCCAGAAUGUGAUGCCAUGUCCACCCCUGUUGAUACUGUUAAUGUUCAUAAUAUGCCUGUUGAUGGGGAUGUGGGGGUGGGGGAUGUAAUGUGUGCCUCUCCCUUCAGUGGGGAAGGGGUCAUUUACAUUAAGCUAUUUUUCCAUUAAGCUAUUUUUAACCCCUAAAGACCAACUUUAGAACUUCAGGCUGCUAAUUUAUUCGAUUAUUUAAUUACUAUAAUAUAUUAUACCUUUCAAUGUAUCUGGUUACAUCAGGCAUAUAGCCAUGGCUGGCCCAGAUUAGUUCUCAAACUGCCAUAGCAACCCAUCAGUAACUCACAACGGAGUCAAGAUGGGCACUGAUUGGGUGAUAGAGGGGUAAUAUGUCAAACCACCUGGAUGCAGUGUCUCAUUAUUGACUGUAACAUCUCGAAUCAGAGUUCUCUUCAGUCCUGGACAAUGCAGUGGGAUGUGACUUGCUGAUGGUGCAGACACAGGUUCUUCCUAAGUGUCAUGUAUGGUAAAAUAACCACUAAAUUGCUAAACUGCAUAAGAUGCCCAUAAUCAUCAGGCUGGUCAUCAUACGACACAGAGAAAGAGUCCAUUACUGAACUCUAAAUACCAUAUAUGCAAAUAAUUAAACACUACUAGAAAAGGACAGUUUUGUCUUAAGCAAAUCUCGAUCUUCUAUCAUUGUGAUGGUCUUAGGUACAACAUUUUGCAGUAUAUCUUUAGAUCAGUAGCUGUAUUUUUCUAUAGCAUGCUACCUUUAGCCACCACUAGAAGGAGCAUGGGAGCAUACCGCAAACUGUCUGCUAAUGAGCUUAAUGUAUACAAAGUACCCUCAGUAAUGGUCGCCACAGUUCUACAGCAUUUUAUAUUGUAGGUUCUGCCUCAGAGGAGAGGAGCUCUGGUCACUGUAAAGAUAUAUUAAAUUAAUCUGCACAAAAUGUUGCCUAUUCAGAUUUAAUUUUUAAAAAAAAUAAUUUUCAUGGGUAGAUAUUUAUUUAAAGGACCAAAUAACAAUAUAUAUAUAUUUAUUUAAUUAUUUUUUUGUCUGUUGGCAUUCUGGUGGUCAAAAGAUUUCUAUUUCUAUUAUGAUAUACCUGUAUGAUGCUUUAUUUAUGAUUUUGUAGGACUAGUUGCACUUUUUUGGUACUAUUUCUAGGUACAUAUACUUUAGGUUUGUGGUUCAUUUAUGUUAAUUUUUAGUUUGUAGAAAAUACUGAAAAAAGUGUCAUUCACCAGUCACUUUAAAUAAUAAUAUGAGUGUAUUAUUUGGUUAUUAUUUGGUUAUUACUGUACAAAUAAUUUGUGUGAUUUCUUUAUUGUAGCAUUCAAGGGGUUAAAAUGACUUGUAAGGUUUCUCUGCUCUCAAUCAUUUUUUUGGGGGCCUUUUUAAUAAAAACAAAAACAUGG